AUGGCUGAUAAUUUAGACGAAAGCAUCGAAAAGGCCACUCGAUUCAAGGAGAAACAUUCCUUGGACAGUGACGAAGAAGAUGACGAAGUUAAAUACGAUGUUUUAGCGGAAGAUGAUAUCGAAGGUCAGGAAGAAGCCACAAUAGAAUUUGAUGACAAUAUUCAGAUCACUCCUUUCAAUAUGCGGGAGGAGCUGGAGGAGGGGCACUUUGACUCUGAUGGUACUUACAUCUUUGAUAAAUCUAAGGAUAUUAAGGACAACUGGAUUGAUAACAUUGACUGGGUGAAGGUGAAACAUCUGAACCCAGAGGAGGCCAAAAAGCAACAACAGUAUGAGUCUGACGAUGAAGACAGUGCUGAGAAGAAACGGGCAGACAACAUCGCCACCUACGAAGAAAUUAUGAAGAUUCUACAGGAGGGUGAGACAGUGGCUAAGGCAAUACGGCGACUGGCGAAAAACAAGGACAAGAUUCCGUCUGCGAGCCAGAAAUGGAGGAAAAAGAAACAAAAGACCUCUGACAACAAGGAGGAAGACCAAGAGGCGGUGAACAAAGCAAUUGAGGAGCAGAAGGAGAUGCUGCAUCUGACAGAGCUCUGUGACAAACUGGUUCAGCAGGGUGUUAUUGAUAUUUAUGAAACUCCGUAUGAGCGGAUAGCCUUCACCUUGAAGCAGCUGAAACAGAAGGACCAGAAUUCCAAACUGACAGUAGCUGAGAGCAUGCAAGUAGAUGAUGGCCUGGACAUGUUCGCUGAAGACUUCGACUCAAAAGAGGCUGAUAAAAUUAAAGGUACUCCAGGGAGCACAGAGUCUAAACCUGAUGAGACUGGCGACUCCAGCAAAGUAGAGGAGCUUGGAGGCGAGUCUUCCAAACAGGAAGUAGAAAUUACGGAACACACUAGCAUCAUGUGGGAGUACAAAAUUAAGAACACUGAUGAUUCUGAGAUUAAAGGGCCGUUCACAACAUUACAGAUGAUCUCGUGGGCGGAGGACGGAACCUUUAACGAUGGAGUCUUUUGUCGGAAAUAUCAGUCAAAUGGCCAGUUUUACAACUCGUCGAGGAUGGACUUUGAGUUGUAUGAGUAA